AUGAUGAACAAUUUAUCAUCAAGGGUGCUUGAUUUCAAAGGUGUAGAAGUGACCGUGACGGAGCACAAGGUCCACAACGGUGAAGUCAAGACAAGGGAUGGUAAGGAGAAUGUUGUUGGGUCGGUGGCAACCGAAAAGAAAUUUUUUGCCAAAGUGAUCAUGGAAGGAACUCCAAAAGGGGUGGAGCUUGACAUAAGGGUUGAAGAAAAUGGACAUCAACAACAAACUCAUAAAGAGGUUCUACUUAAGGUGGAGCCUUCAUCACUAGCAAGGUCUAGGCCCAAGGAAUCAAUUAAAUCAUCCCAUGGGUUUGGAUGGAAUGACAAGGUAAAUUCAACUACAUUUCAGAGUACUUUUGGGACCAUGAACCGGGAAAGUUGGAUAGGUGCUGUGAUGAGAAGGAACAAGUUAGUUCAUAAAUCUAAUAGCAAGGUUGAUGGCUGCGUGGGGAUUUAUAGAACAGGGGUUGGUAUGCAGUUUACAUAUCAAUACAUAUCAAGAAUUCAAGAUUCCAAGAAGGCGAAGAGCAAGGAGUUCGACAUGAUGGAUCUCUCUUCUAUAGAGAUCUGGGUUGCCCAAGUUUAG